GUGAACUUCUGUUCCUAGAAGCUGUGGAUGAGCUGUGGAUUGGUCUGAAUGACCUCAACACACAAAUGUACUUUGAGUGGAGUGAUGGGACCCCUGUGACGUACACCAAUUGGUUGCCUGGAGAACCAACCCAAGGAAUCAACAGGCAAGAGGAUUGUGUUGUCAUGGCAGGAAAGGAUGGAUACUGGGCAGACAGUGCCUGUGAUAGAAAGUUAGGUUACAUCUGUAAAAGAGACCCACUACAAGGAGUUGCUGGGACAACAAAGACUGAUCCUGCCUGCCUGAAGGGCUGGAAAAGACAUGGAUUUUACUGCUACCUGGUUGGACAUACCUCUGUAACAUUUUCAGAAGCAAAGAAAACCUGUGAAAGGAGCCGUGGUUAUUUGACAAGUGUAGGAGACAGAUAUGAACAAGCCUAUCUGACCAGCCUUGUUGGUCUAAGUUCUGAGAAGUAUUUUUGGAUUGGUCUCUCGGACACAGAAGAACAAGGGAUGUUCAAGUGGGUGACUGGUGAAGGUGUUCUGUACACAAACUGGAACGCAGCAAUGCCUGGGAAUAAAGCUGGUUGUGUUGCCCUAAGGACUGGAAAUGCAGCUGGACUAUGGAAUGUUCAGAACUGUGAAGUAAAGGCAAAAUUUCUCUGCAAAAAACUGGCUGAAAAAAUCACUCUUCCUUCUGUUCCUGAAACUGUUUCUGAUUCCAUAUGUCCCAUGGGUUGGGAUACAAGCAAUAGCACUAAUUCAUGCUUCAGAGGUUUUGUGAGAGAAGAAAACCAAAAGAAAACAUGGUUUGAAGCCCGAGAUUUCUGUAGAGCAAUAGGAGGAGAUUUGGCUGCCAUUAGAAGUGAAGAAGAGCAAACAGUGAUAGAAAAUUCAAUAAAAAAAAAAUCCCCAUCAUCUCAGAUUUUCUGGAUAGGUUUGCAGUAUUUGGAUCCUGAUGGUGGGCCUUCCUGGAGUGAUGGAUCACCGGUGAACUAUAACAAAAAUACAUAUACUUACAACGCUGCUUUUGAAUAUUGUGGAGCAAUCUCUGAAGAGGAUUCCAUGUCAUGGAUUCAGGUGCACUGUGAAUACAGUCAUAACUGGAUUUGUAAAAUAAAGAAAGGAACACCCUUGAAACCAGAACCUCUGGGCCCUUCUGCCACAUACGAAGUCACAGAAGAUGGCUGGAUUAUAAAGGGAGACAGACAGUAUUUUUUCAGCACAGAAACGACUUCUAUGGAGAAAGCCAGAAUUUUCUGCAAAAGCAACCAUGGAGAUCUUGCUACUAUUGGAAAUAAUAGUGAAAGAAAAUUUUUAUGGAGAUAUAUCUUAAAAAAUGGCAAACUGAAGUCAUACCUCAUAGGAUUAACUCAGAAUGCGGAUCAACAGUUCAAUUGGAUGAAUGGAAGGCCGGUGCACUAUGCAGCUUGGGCACAGGGUGAGCCCAACUUUGCAGCUGCUCAAGAAAAUUGUGUGGUCUUAAAUAAAGAGGAUGGCUUGUGGAAUGAUGUCAACUGUGGUUUUUCGAAUGGCUAUAUCUGUGAGAGACAAAGAAGUCUUAAAAAUGCAACACUUCCUUCAGCAGUACCUUCACCUCCUGGAGGAUGUCCUGAAGAUUGGCUUUUAUUCAAAAAUAAGUGUUACAAAUUUUUUGGCUCUUCCUAUGAUUACUGGCAUAGUGCAAGAAGAAAUUGUAUGAGCCUUGGAGGAAACCUGGCAAGCAUACCUAAUGAACAAGUACAAGCUUUUCUCACUUACCAUUUGAAGGAUGCUUCACACGAACCCUGGAUUGGAUUAAAUGAUAUUCUCAGUGAACUUAACUUUGUUUGGGCUGAUGGAAGUGCUGUCUCCUAUACAAACUGGGCUCCAGAUUCCCCAAAACUUGUAGAACCCGUUUUGUUUGACACUCUACGUCCAGAGGAUGGCCACAAUCUGCAGCAG